CUCAGAAAGGAGCGGUGCCUUGGUGCUCACUCGAGAAGGCUGGAAAAAUAAGACGCCUUUCCAUCAAGGUUUUAUGGGUCCUGCAAAGUUGUAACAACCUCUCCCUGCCCCAGCUGAUGAAGGACGGAGCCCCGGGAGGGCCCCAGCAGCUUAACUCGCCUGCGGAAACCAACAGGCACGUCCCGCUGCCUCCUGCACGGAGCGACUCGUCCGGGCCAAUGUCAAAAUGUGGCAAACAAGAUUUUCCCCCCGGCAAGGCAAAGGCUCGCGGGGGCGACCACGUGAGGCGUGACAGAGCCGUGGGGCGGAGGGCAGAGCCUGCCCCGGGUCGCCUGCGGGGCGCUGCGAAAGCCAAGGUACGGUGCUUGUGACAGAGACGGUGCUUUUGAAGAGGCGAAAAGUGAAUGACCCAAAUGGAGGGAGGGAGGAAUCAAAACGACGGCCCAAAUAUAAACACGUCAAUAAACAGGGUGCGCAGCAUCAUGCGAGGAUCCAUUUGAACUGCUCGCGUCUGGAUUCUUUCUGUGGCGUAUGUCUGGCUUUAGAUUUUAAAUGGCAAUCAGACCUCGGGAAGAAUCCAGCGUUAACUACAGCAUUAGAAGCUGCAACCGCACAAUUAAUCCUCCCAGAGUGGCAUUGCUCCCUCUGAGAUCCCCGAGCGCAGCAGCGAGCGUUUUAUCUCUAGGAAAUUUAAGCCCAGACUGGCGUCGUGGUGGUGAUGCUGAGCUGGAAGCAGCCCCUUCCCCAGCACUUUAACGCAAGAGACACCAGGCCCCUUUACGGCUCCCAAUGAUCCGUGAUAAACAAUAACACGUCUUUUAUUCCUUAAAAAACGAGACAAUCAAAUAAAACGAGCGGAGCCCGGCCAUAAAACCCGCGGCUUUAUUAAUUUCGCGACACACGCGGGCUGCGCGGGGAGGUGAGCGCGCAUCGCUUCCGGCAAGCCCAACCGCGGGGAGAGGAGCGCUAAUAAAAACUUCAUCUGGAUGCAGCCUCAGCCUAGGUACAAUAAACAUCGGGGCGGCCGGGGCUGUUUUAUCGCUGUGCGGGCCAUAGCAGGGGAGCACGUCUCGGGGUGGGUGCCCCCCAGCCCCACUCCUGCCCCUUCCCCGGCGCGCAGCUCCCGCACGGGCGCAGGCGCUCGCCCAUGUGCGCCGCGCGUGCGGGUGGAAAUCCAUCUCCCGCAUUAAUAUACAUCCAUAUCCCAAAUUCAGAGGUCGACCUGAGAGCAGCUCGGUGCAUACGAAACCAGACGGGGAGGGGUUGCUGGGGAGGCCCGGGCUUCCAUUGGCUGCAAACGUCCGCCGUGGUGCGGGGGUAUCUCUAAUCAUAUUCAGCAUGUUUUGCACAAGAAAUGUCAGCCAGAAAGGGCUAUCUGCUCCCUUCGCCAAAUUAUUCCACAACAAUGUCAUGCUCAGAGAGCCCGGCCGCAAACUCUUUUUUGGUAGACUCCUUGAUCAGCUCGGGCAGAGGGGAAGCGGCGGGAGCAGGAGGCGGAGGCGGAGGCGGAGGCGGCUACUAUCCCAACAGUGGGAUCUACCUGCCACAAGCGUCCGAUCUGUCCUACGGGCUGCAAAGCUGCGGACUUUUCCCCGUUUUGAGCAAACGCAAUGAAGGUACUUCUCAAAGCAUGGUCCCCACCUCGCACCCCUACGUGUCAGGGAUGGAAGUGUGGCUAGACCCCCCCCGGUCCUGUCGCAUGGAAGAGCCGGAGAGCCAGCAGGCCACCUCGUGCUCCUUCGCUCAAAACAUUAAGGAGGAGAGCUCCUACUGCCUCUAUGACUCAGAGAAAUGCCCCAAAGGCUCGGCCGCCACUGACCUCGCUCCCUUCCCGAGGCUGAGCGCCGAGGUCAGCCCAGCCAGCAACGGCACCGGGGUUCCCGUCCCGGGGUAUUUCCGCCUCUCCCAGGCUUAUGGCACCUCCAAGAGCUACGGCGCGGGGCCUCCCGGGGCUGCCCCCUUCCCUCCGCAGCCCCCCGGCCGCUUCCAGACGCCUCCAUCUCUGCCUCCCGUCCCGGACGCGGGGAGGAAGGAGGACGAGGAGCGCUCCCCCAGCCCCUUGGCGUGCGGCUCCCAGCGGGAGGACGAGACCCAGGCUUCGUCUUCCACCGCCGAGGAGCUCUCCCCAGCCCCGUCGGAGAGCAGCAAAGCCUCUCCCGAGAAAGAGCCCGUAGGCAAUUCAAAAGGAGAAAAUGCAGCAAACUGGCUAACCGCAAAAAGUGGCCGAAAGAAACGGUGCCCCUAUACCAAGCAUCAAACUCUCGAGCUGGAAAAGGAGUUUCUGUUCAAUAUGUACCUGACUCGUGAGCGUCGCCUAGAGAUCAGCCGCACAGUCCACCUCACAGACAGACAAGUUAAAAUCUGGUUUCAGAACCGCAGAAUGAAACUGAAGAAAAUGAACAGAGAGAAUAGGAUUCGGGAGCUCACAGCCAACUUUAAUUUCUCUUGAUGAACCUAUAAACACAUCUUUAUGGUUUAAAGAGCCAGUAUCAUUUUCCUAGGCUGUAGUCAUCUGCACCUGUAUGGAUUAACGAUUUUAGACGUUCUCAAUAUGUCCUUAACCUCUUAAUAGCUACUUUGGGGUGGCGGGGGGGAGGAAGAAAGCCAUGCUAAUGCACAAAAUGCCAUGUGUGAACCUCCCUGGUUCCUGCAGGCUUCCCCGGGCCCGAACUCUUCUUUCAAGCUUUGAAACCCAGAAAUAUGAUUUCAGGAGCUGCAAAUAUCUUUCCCCUUCAUAUCUCUCCGAAAAGUAAACGAGCUCGGUUAAAGGUGCAUUCUUUUAAAUUAUAGGAGGUGUAACUUGGACUGUACGUAGCUUCAGAAUUAAUAAUUUAAGCCUUGCCAUAUUUCUAUAUAUUGGGAGCUCUGCUUUUUCCCCCUCUGUUUUCCUUUCCUUUUCUCCCCCCUCCCCCCUUUUUCCUUCGAGAAGCAGGACUUACAAUAAUGAAAUGCAGGCAUCCUUUAAAAGGGCUUCAUGGGAACUGGCGUUAAGAGCGAUUUUUUCCCCCCUUUACCUUGAAAGUCAACAUUACAGCUUUAAAAUUGGCCAGGAAAAUGAAAUCUCUUCUCUUUAAAGGUAUAAAAGAGUUCGUGUUGCUCAUGGACUAAAUUAUGACACUUACCUCUGAAUUUCUCUCUCUCUUUCUGGUUGUAGAUAUUUACUUAAUGUAGUUUUGCUUAAAUAUGUGGAAUUAGUGAUUUUUUUUUUGUCUAUAAAUAACGUUACCAUUGGUAACACAGAACAAGCACACAACAAUUGCCCCUUGAGAAAAAAAUAGUCACUUUUUCCUCACUAAUUUCACUGAAAAGUGUAUAUCCUGAACAUCAGAAGGACUUUCUGAGCCAGAGUCUAAGAUAGCAAGGGAGAAUAUGUUCGUCUUCCUUUAUACUGUGAAGUUACAUGCAUCAAAGGGUCAAGCAUAUAGAUGAAAAAAAUUUAAAAAGAUUAAAAAAAAAGAAAGAAGGGGAAAAACUAUAAUUACAGAUAUGUAUAAAUGUCUAUUAUUAUUAAAAUGCCGAUACUGUUUUAAGCAAAUGCAUUCUAUCGUUAUUAUAAAUGUUAGUUCUAGCUAUAUCUAGUUCUUACCUUAAAUCGGAAUAAAUUAAUAUUGUAAUGCUGCUGUGCGUGAAAAAGACGAUGUUUAUGUUCUCAUAGAAGAAUAAAAAAAGUGGAAUGAA